UCGGUUGAGAGGGUGCUGGAUGGUGGGGGAGUACCACUGAUGAGAGAGCGGGCGAAAGAAGGGACUGUUUUAGCACGCAUUGGAGGACUAUUGCAUUCAUCUGCUGGACGCUAAUAGACACCUGGACGGGGUUUCUUCGUCGACUGUGUGCGGUGGCCUAGAGUCUUCUGCUUCUGGUCUCCAGCAGCAAUGUCACAGAGGAGUGGGCAGGAGGACCCAGAGCGGUACCUUUUUGUGGACCGCGCUGUGGUGUACAACCCGGCAGCACAGGCCGACUGGACUGCCAAGAGGCUAGUAUGGAUCCCAUCAGAACGUAAUGGCUUCGAGGCUGCGAGUAUUCGCGAGGAGCGUGGAGACGAGGUGGUGGUGGAGCUGGCAGAGAAUGGGAAGAAGGCGGUGGUCAACAAGGAUGACAUCCAGAAGAUGAACCCGCCCAAGUUCAGCAAGGUGGAGGACAUGGCUGAACUCACCUGCCUGAACGAGGCCUCUGUGCUACACAAUCUCAAAGACCGAUACUACUCUGGCCUCAUCUAUACAUACUCUGGUCUCUUCUGCGUGGUCAUAAAUCCCUACAAAAACCUGCCCAUCUACUCAGAGAACAUCAUAGAGAUGUACAGGGGCAAAAAGAGGCACGAAAUGCCCCCUCACAUAUAUGCCAUCUCAGAGUCUGCAUAUAGAUGCAUGCUACAAGAUCGAGAGGACCAAUCCAUUCUUUGCACAGGUGAGUCAGGAGCUGGCAAGACGGAAAACACGAAAAAGGUGAUUCAGUACCUGGCACACGUUGCCUCCUCCCACAAAGGCAGAAAAGACCACAACAUUCCUCCAGAAUCACCUAAACCAGUGAAACUACAGGCACAAAAUGCAGUUAGUGGACCCCUGUUUUAUGGUGAAUUGGAACGUCAGCUGCUACAGGCCAACCCCAUCCUGGAAUCUUUUGGGAACGCAAAGACUGUGAAAAACGACAACUCGUCACGCUUCGGGAAAUUCAUCCGGAUUAACUUUGAUGUCACCGGAUACAUUGUCGGAGCCAAUAUUGAAACCUACUUACUGGAGAAAUCCAGAGCUAUCCGUCAAGCCAAAGAUGAGCGCACCUUCCACAUUUUUUAUCAGCUGCUGGCUGGAGCUGGAGAGCACCUCAAAUCGGAUCUGCUUUUGGAAGGAUUUAACAACUACCGUUUCCUGUCCAACGGCAACAUCCCAAUCCCAGGCCAGCAGGACAAAGACAACUUCCAUGAGACCAUGGAAGCCAUGCACAUCAUGAGCUUCGGCCACGAGGAGAUUCUGGCCAUGUUGAAGGUCGUGUCCUCCGUGCUUCAGUUUGGUAACAUUAUCUUCAAGAAGGAGAGGAACACUGACCAAGCCUCGAUGCCCGAUAAUACUGCCGCUCAGAAGCUGUGUCAUCUGCUGGGUAUGAAUGUAAUGGAGUUUACCAGAGCCAUCCUGUCGCCAAGGAUCAAAGUGGGCAGAGACUAUGUCCAGAAAGCACAGACUAAAGAGCAGGCCGACUUUGCCGUUGAAGCUCUGGCCAAAGCAACAUACGAGCGUCUGUUCCGCUGGCUGGUCCAUCGCAUUAACAAAGCUCUGGACAGAACCAAACGACAGGGUGCCUCCUUCAUCGGUAUUCUGGACAUUGCUGGUUUUGAGAUUUUCCAGCUGAACUCAUUUGAGCAGCUGUGCAUCAACUACACCAACGAGAAGCUGCAGCAGCUCUUCAACCACACCAUGUUCAUCCUGGAGCAGGAGGAGUACCAGAGGGAGGGCAUCGAGUGGAGCUUCAUCGACUUCGGCCUCGACCUGCAGCCCUGCAUCGACCUCAUCGAGAGGCCGGCGAAUCCUCCCGGAGUGUUGGCUCUGCUGGAUGAGGAGUGCUGGUUCCCCAAGGCGACGGACAAGACCUUUGUAGACAAGCUGAUCCAGGAGCAGGGCACACACACCAAGUUUCAGAAGCCCCGCCAGCUCAAAGAUAAGGCCGACUUCUGCAUCAUCCACUACGCCGGCAAGGUUGACUACAAGGCAGAUGAGUGGCUGAUGAAGAACAUGGACCCUCUGAACGACAACGUGGCCACACUCCUGCAUCAGUCAACGGACAAGUUUGUGGCUGAGCUGUGGAAAGAUGUCGAUCGUAUCGUGGGUCUGGACCAGGUAGCAGGAAUGAACGAGACGGCGUUUGGUGCCACGUACAAAACUAAAAAAGGCAUGUUUCGUACAGUUGGACAGCUCUAUAAAGAGUCGCUCACCAAGCUCAUGGCCACACUGAGGAACACCAACCCCAACUUUGUCCGCUGCAUCAUCCCCAAUCAUGAGAAAAGGGCUGGUAAACUGGAGCCUCACCUGGUUCUGGACCAGCUCAGGUGUAACGGAGUCUUGGAGGGGAUUCGUAUCUGCAGACAGGGCUUCCCCAACCGCAUCGUCUUCCAGGAGUUCAGACAGAGAUAUGAGAUCCUGACGCCCAACGCCAUCCCUAAGGGAUUCAUGGAUGGAAAACAAGCCUGUGAAAGAAUGAUCCAAGCCCUGGAGCUGGACCCCAACCUGUUCCGUAUCGGUCAGAGUAAGAUCUUCUUCAGAACUGGUGUUCUGGCUCAUCUGGAGGAGGAGAGAGACCUAAAGAUCACUGACAUCAUCAUCUACUUCCAAUCUGUGUGCCGUGGAUACUUGGCACGCAAAGCCUUUGCUAAGAAGCAGCAGCAGCUGAGUGCCCUGAAGGUCCUGCAGAGGAACUGUGCAGCUUAUUUAAAGCUGCGACACUGGCAGUGGUGGAGGCUCUUCACCAAGGUGAAGCCGCUGCUGCAGGUCACCAGGCAGGAAGAGGAGCUGCAAGCCAAAGACGAGGAGCUGGUAAAGGUGAAGGAGAGGCAGCUGAAGGUGGAGAACGAGCUGGUGGAGAUGGAGAGGAAACACCAGCAGCUCGUCGAGGAGAAGAAUAUUCUAGCAGAGCAACUCCACGCGGAGACGGAGCUGUUCGCCGAGGCUGAAGAGAUGAGGGUUCGUCUGCUCUCUAGGAAGCAAGAGUUGGAGGAGAUCCUUCAUGACCUGGAGUCCAGGGUGGAGGAGGAAGAGGAGAGAAACCAGAGCCUGCAGAACGAGAAGAAGAAGAUGCAGUCGCACAUCCAGGACCUGGAGGAGCAGCUCGAUGAGGAGGAAGCUGCAAGACAGAAGCUGCAGCUGGAUAAAGUGACGGCUGAGGCCAAAAUCAAGAAGAUGGAAGAGGACAUUCUGCUGCUGGAGGACCAGAACUCCAAGUUCCUCAAGGAGAAAAAGCUGCUGGAGGACCGGAUCGCCGAAAUGACCUCCCAGCUAACAGAGGAGGAGGAGAAAGCAAAGAACCUUGGCAAAGUCAAGAACAAGCAGGAGAUGAUGAUGGUUGACCUGGAGGAGCGUUUGAAGAAGGAAGAGAAAACGCGCCAGGAGCUGGAGAAAGCCAAACGCAAACUGGAUGCAGAGACAACUGACCUGCAGGACCAGAUUGCUGAGCUUCAGGCCCAGAUAGAGGAGCUGAAAAUCCAACUGGCCAAAAAGGAGGAGGAGCUGCAGGCUGCUCUGGCCAGGAGUGAUGAGGAGGCCGUCCAGAAGAACAACGCCUUGAAGCAGGUUCGAGAGCUGCAGGCCCAGCUAGCUGAGCUCCAGGAGGAUCUGGAGUCGGAGAAAAUGUGUCGAAGCAAAGCUGAAAAACUCAAGAGGGACCUGAGUGAGGAGCUGGAGGCUCUGAAGACGGAGCUGGAGGACACUCUGGAUACCACCGCCGCCCAGCAGGAGCUCAGGACCAAGCGAGAGCAAGAGGUGGCAGAGCUGAAGAAGGCCAUCGAUGAGGAGACCAAAAACCACGAGGCUCAGAUCCAGGACAUGAGACAGAGACACGCCACAGCGCUGGAGGAGCUGUCCGAACAGCUGGACCAGGCCAAGAGGUUCAAGGCCAACCUGGAGAAGAGCAAGCAGUGUCUGGAGAGCGACAACAAAGAGAUGGCCUGUGAGGUGAAGACUCUGCAGCAGGCAAAGACGGAGUCAGAAUACAAGAGGAAGAAGCUGGAGGCCCAGAUGCAGGAGUUCAUGGCCAGAACCACCGAGGUUGAGAGAGCCAAGGGAGAGCUGAGCGAACGCUCACACAAACUCCAGACGGAGCUGGACAAUGUGUCUGCUUUGCUGGAGGAGGCAGAGAAGAAAGGCGUCAAACUGGCAAAAGAAGUUGACAACCUGAACAGCAAACUGCAGGACUCGGAGGAGUUGCGGCAGGAAGAAACUCGUCAGAAGCUGAACCUGAGCAGCCAAAUCCGUCAGCUGGAGCUGGAAAAGAACACGUUGCUGGAGCAGCAGGAAGAAGAUGAGGAGGCACGACGCAGCCUGGAGAAACAGCUGCAGACGGUGCAGGCUCAG